AUAAUAAAUCUUAGGUUAAGGAACUGGGAUUGAAGCCAGUACAGACUGGUAACUGCUCGGAUUUGUAUAUGUCGACACUCACCUGGACGAAGAUCUGCCAGUUUAACAGCCAGCGAAAACGAUAGUUUACUAUUGUCGGAACCGGAGGGGGGAAAUACUCAAACUAAGUUUUAUUGAAGGCAUGGCAGAGCUGCUGCGGUCACUGCUGCGUCUGUCGGAGAAGGCGGCUAACAUCGCUCGCAUCUGCAGGGAGGAGGCGCCUCUCUUUCAGCUGCUGGUCCAGGAGAAGACAGGGGAUGAUAAAACCAAGAAGUGUCUUCGGGAUUUCAAGACGCUGGCAGACGUCGUGAUCCAGGAGAUGAUCAGACAUGAUCUUGUUGCCCAGUUCCCACAGCUGACGGGUUUUAUUUAUGGAGAGGAGUCCAACAAGUUUGAGAAUAGUCUCGGAGAGAGCAUCCAGGUCACAGUGUGUUCCUGCGAGGAGGAUACUGCAGCUCUACUGGCCACAGUGCUUGACGGACACCAGGCAGCUGCAGACUUGCUUGCCCAAGCCAUUCAUCAGGACCUCCAGCUGACGGAUGAGGCUGCAGAAAGCCUGGAGCUACUCCUGUGUCCCAGUGAAGUGGCCAUUUGGAUCGACCCCAUUGAUGGAACUAGUCAAUACAUUGAGGGUCGAGAGGUUGUAGUACCAGAAGAAGAAGUGUGUCCAUCUGGACUUCACUGUGCCUUGGUUCUUAUCGGUGUGUAUCUGAGAGCCACUGGAGAGCCUGUGAUAGGAGUCAUCAAUCAACCCUUUGCAGGCCAGGGCUCGAAAGGCCAGCACUUCUGGGGAGUGUCUUUCGGGAGCAUCAAGGCAUCCUCGAUAUCCGGUCCGACUCACCGAUCAGAGGAGCUGCUGUCUGUAGUGCUGAGCUCCAGUGAGAAGCAGAACGUAAAGGUCGCUUUGUCUCCCCUUUGUGGUGGGAAGCUGACGUACGCGUCAGGUGCCGGAUACAAGAUCCUUUGCGUCAUCCUGGGUUUAGUGGACGCGUAUGUCCUGUCAGAGGGCAGCACCUACAAAUGGGACUCCUGCGGCCCCCAUGCCAUUUUGAGAGCGCUGGGUGGGGGGAUCGUUGAUCUUGCAGAAUGCAUUGGCUGUUUGCAGGAAGAUGAAUACCAACAUAUAGAACUUAAGUACCACCAACCAAAGCCUGGGAGCCAAGGGGCAGAGUGCUGGGCCAAUCACGGUGGACUGGUAGCCUAUCUGGACUCAGCUAAGCUAAAGAGGGUAAUUGGAGCUCUUUCAGGCAAGGUAUGAGGGCUAAAUAUGCUGCAGAGUGCCGAUGGAGCUACGUAGAAAUAGCUGGGAUUUCAGAUCUGCAUAAAAGCUUUCAUUUCUGUGUGUAAAUGUGUAGCACAAAAAAAGCAGGGAAACAUUAACGUCAUGUGGAGGAGAACUGGGAGGCCCCCGUAGAACAGCAGCUGGCAAACAUGGAGCUGCUUUGACUUUUAAAGGAACCAUGUAAAGUAGCUGCAAAUGCAGCUUGCGGAUGACAGAAGCCACAGCUGCCAGGGGUUUGGAAGUGGGUGAAGCCCACAGUCAGUGACCAUGUGUGCUGAUUGUCCAUUUCAAAAAGCUUCAUCGUUCCUGCAUUAUUUCGAGAGCUACAGAAAGGUGGCUGUGUUAAAAAAAUGCUUGUGCUUAUUUGAGCAAUCAAGUUAUUAAUGGAUCUACUUUUUAGCAAUGGCUUUGACU